ACCAUUUUAAUGUACCACCUAGUGAGGAAAAUAGGAAAAUUGCAACAUCCAUGAAGCAAGGUCAAGUAUCCAGGCUUCAAGAACAUUUUAACCUGCCACGUGCUUUGGAGGAAGCUGAUGAAAGAAGGUGGUUUCCACUGCACGAAGCUGCAGCUCAGUCAAUUCUGCAAAUACUUGAAGUCAUUUUAGAUGCAUCUUAUAAAACAACAUGGGAACACAAAACAUGCAAUGGAGAAACAACAUUAACUUUGGCAGCGAAAGCUGGCUUUGUGGAAAAUGUGUGAAUGUUACUGGAAAAGAGUGUUUGUCCCAAUAUCACAAAUUACAAAGAAGAAACUCCACUUCUUAUUGCCAUUACAGCAUUUACCUGCAAAGAGAGCUACAAGAAGGGCCCUUUUGAAAUGGUAUCCACUCUGAUUAAAUACAACUGUACUAUCUACCAAGCAUGCAUAAAAUGGUGGAAACACGGUGUUGCUGCUGAAUAUGGUCACUGUGAUGUGCUGGAGCAUCUUGUUCAUAAAGGUGAUGUCCAGGCCAUAGCAGAUGAUCGUGCAUCAGUAGUGUUAGCAGCUGGAGGAGGUAAUCCAGUUGGCAUAGCCCUUCUUUUGGAAUAUGGAGGAAGUGGCAAUGUGCCUCAUGAGGUAGGACAGCUUCCUAUACUCAGAGUGGCUUAUGAGGGGCAUUACCUUUGGGGAAAGGAGAGUUUGUACAUCAGUGUGCAUAUAUCCAAAAAUAAUCCUUGCUCUUCAAAAUGUCUGUGUUGUCUGAAAAUAUGUAAACUCUUGGGGUUAAGGAACUCCAUGAAGAAAUUUCCCCUUCCACCCAUUCUCAGGGACUUAAUCCAUUAUGAAGAAUAUGAUCUGUAUGGAAAAGGGAUGCAUUUAGAAUAG